AUGAACUCCCUCCCCUUCGAACUCGUCUCCCAAAUCCUCACCAACCUCCCCCCCUCCUCCUACAAAUCCGCCCGCCUCACCUGCCAAGCCUUCAACGCCGCCCUCGCAAAGCCAACAUUCACCACCCUCGCCACAUUCAUCGACCCAAACACCGCCCAGCAAACCAUAGAAAAACUCGCCGCCGACCUCAACCGCCGGCCGAAAGCCAUCUGGUCCCCCGGGUGCUCCGUGCCUCGGGGGCUGCCCGUCCCGGAAAGCUUCCUCUUCGCUAUGCAUGUCGCGCUGCGCGGCACGCCUGAUGUUGUUUCUGAGGCGGAUAGCGUGACGGCGUGGAACUUUGGGAGCACGGUUGGGAUGGAUGAUGUUACGGAGGAGACGCUGCGGCAGGCAUUGUUUCGGUAUUCGUUGUAUUUGAGUUACAUCUAUGAUGGGGAGGGCGAGGCGCCGCAGCUGUGGGUGAUGAAUUCGAAGAAAUGGGCGCAGCAGCGAUGA